UCUUCGUCACAAGGCCGCGCCAUGGGGUGUGCACAGCGGGUGGUGAGGGUCGCGGUGGUCCUGGCCGUGGCGGUGUGUGUGUGUGAAAGCCGCUCCGGGAGGAGGCGUCCGACGAACGUCCAGAUCGCCGAUUUCGACUGGAAGAACUGUGGUCAAGCUGAGGCGCCGGCCGUGCUGAAGACGCUGGCUCUGUCCCCGGACCCCAUCACCAUCCCGGGGGACCUGACGGCCGCCGCGUCCGGCACCACUUCCGUCCCGCUGGCCUCCCCUCUCUCCGUAAAUGUGACCUUGGAGAAGGAGGUGGCGGGUUUCUGGGUGAAGGUUCCCUGUCUGGAUGAAGUGGGGAGCUGCCAUUACAAGGACGUCUGUGACCUGCUGUCUCAGCUCAUCCCGCCGGGCCAGGAGUGUCCAGAACCCCUGCACACCUACGGCCUGCCCUGCCACUGUCCAUUCAAGCCUGGCUCCUAUUCUCUCCCUCCGUCGGAGUUCUACCUGCCGGACAUGGACCUGCCAUACUGGCUCACCAAUGGGGACUACAGAAUCCAGGGGGUGCUGGGUGGCCUUGACAAAGAGUUGGGCUGCCUGAAGGUGGCACUCUCCCUGCAGUCUGUCAGUUAGGCCCAACCACCACAACCAACUGAAACCUUCUGAGGCCUAUUAUGUCUUUUUGGUUGAGUUAAUUUGUGGGGGAAGGUUUCUUUUAAGUUCUUCUUUUUUUAAUUUUGAUUAAAUCUCAGCCUUUAGAACUGCUUCACACAACGCUUAACCUUGACAUCUUCUUAGAGAGAGAAGAGAAGAGUAUAAAUAAAGGUUUUAAAGUAGAAUUUUGAUUUAAAAUCUAGGUUUGGUGUUCAGGUAGGUUUAUAGAACUUGAAUCAGAGUCAAAGCAUUUUAAGUGAUGAGAACAGACCUUCUGCACACCUGUCGAUCGACAGGUGUGCAGAAGAAGCUCCAGGGUCAACAAGGCAGAAAGAAACGUUGUGUUUUGAGUUGUUAAAGAUCUCUGACUGCAAGCAUAGAGGACAGUUUGCGAGAGUUUGUUUCUGCCCAAGUGAUGAGAAGAGGAAAUGAGAAACAUAAGUCUCAGUUUAGUUAAAUUAGGGAUAUAUUCACUAGAAGAUUAUGCAUGUAAGAGGAAUUAUCUAAAUAAUAAUUUACUAUCUAAUGAGACAAGCAAUACAAACUCAUAAAGACUAAGCGGAAGAACUGUCUUGAUGCAUGCCCAAUACUCCAGGUAAGAAAAUCAAAGAAAGUUGAAUCAGUUCAUCUGAACACAACCUUUAUUGAGAGAGAAACGUUUCUUCACUCAUCUUCGUGACCUCUUCAGUGUGGUCAUCCUAACUGGGUGUUUGUCAAGGCCAAGAAGACACCCCAACAGUGCACCAGCCGAUUGAAUAGAGGAGAAGGACAACAGCUGUCUAAGCAUAAACCCGUUGUAAUUCCAUAUGUGGCGGGAGUGUGGGAACAGUUGAGACGUGUAUUUUCUAAACACCACAUCUCAGUUGCUUUCAAACCCCAAAACACGCCGCACCAGAAGUUGGUCCACCCCAAGGAUCGGGUCCCCCGGUACAAACAGGGCAAUAUAGUGUAGCUGUUAAGUGCCAGGAGGAUUGCCAUGACUUGUGCAUUGGGGAAACCAAACAGACACUGGCCAAGAGGAUGACACAACACGUCAGGCCAGGACUCCACAGUCUACACCAUCUACAGACUAGGACUCCACAGUCUACACCAUCUACAGACCAGGACUCCACAGUCUACACCAUCUACAGACCAGUGGCCACUCUUUCAAGGAUGAGGAUGUGCACAUCCUUGAUAGGGAGGAACACUGGUUUGAAUGGGGAGUCAAAGAGACCCUCUAUGUGAAGAGGGAAUGACCAUCCCUGAACUGAGGAGGGGGGGCCUAAGAGUACAUCUGUCGCCAUCUUACAAUGCUGUGAUUGCAAACAUUCCCUAAUGUUUUUUUUUUUAAAUUUUUUAAUUUUCAUAUACUUUAAUGAUCCCCGUAGGGAAAUUACGCUCUGCAUUUAACCCAUCCUAGCUGUGUAGCUAGGAGCAGUGGGCAGCCGCUGUGCAGCACCCAGGAAGCAACUCCAGUCUGUCUUGCCAUGCCUUGCUCAGGGGUACAGACAGGGGUGUUAACUCUAGCAUGCAUGUCUUUCUGAUGGUGGGGGAAACCAGAGCACCCGGAGAAAACCCACCACAGACACGGGGAGAACAUGCAAACUCCACACAGCGGACGACCUGGGACGACCCAAGGUUGGACAACCCCAGGGUUCGAACCCAGGACCUUGCUGUGAGAAAACAGCGCUAACCACCGUGCCGCCCAAAUCCUCUGUGAAUAGUACACAUGGCCAUUGAAACUCUAUUUAAUGGUCACCCCCAUAUUUACACUACCGUUCAAAAGUU